AUGGUCUACCAUUCUGAGCCUUAUGAGUCGAUGGUCUACCAUUCUGAGCCUUAUGAAUCGAUGGUCUACCAUUUUGAGCCUAAUGAGUCGAUGGUCUACCAUUCUGAGCCUAAUGAGUCGAUGGUCUACCAUUCUGAGCCUAAUGAGUCGAUGGUCUACCAUUCUGAGCCUAAUGAGUCGAUGGUCUACCAUUCUGAGCCUAAUGAGUCGAUGGUCUACCAUUCUGAGCCUUAUGAGUCGAUGGUCUACCAUUCUGAGCCUUAUGAAUCGAUGGUCUACCAUUCUGAGCCUAAUGAGUCGAUGGUCUACCAUUCUGAGCCUAAUGAGUCGAUGGUCUACCAUUCUGAGCCUAAUGAGUCGAUGGUCUACCAUUCUGAGCCUAAUGAGUCGAUGGUCUACCAUUUUGAGCCUAAUGAGUCGAUGGUCUACCAUUCUGAGCCUAAUGAGUCGAUGGUCUACCAUUCUGAGCCUAAUGAGUCGAUGGUCUACCAUUCUGAGCCUAAUGAGUCGAUGGUCUACCAUUCUGAGCCUAAUGAGUCGAUGGUCUACCAUUCUGAGCCUAAUGAGUCGAUGGUCUACCAUUCUGAGCCUAAUGAGUCGAUGGUCUACCAUUCUGAGCCUAAUGAGUCGAUGGUCUACCAUUCUGAGCCUUAUGAGUCGAUGGUCUACCAUUCUGAGCCUAAUGAGUCGAUGGUCUACCAUUUUGAGCCUAAUGAGUCGAUGGUCUACCAUUCUGAGCCUAAUGAGUCGAUGGUCUACCAUUCUGAGCCUAAUGAGUCGAUGGUCUACCAUUCUGAGCCUAAUGAGUCGAUGGUCUACCAUUCUGAGCCUAAUGAGUCGAUGGUCUACCAUUCUGAGCCUAAUGAGUCGAUGGUCUACCAUUCUGAGCCUUAUGAGUCGAUGGUCUACCAUUCUGAGCCUUAUGAAUCGAUGGUCUACCAUUCUGAGCCUAAUGAGUCGAUGGUCUACCAUUCUGAGCCUAAUGAGUCGAUGGUCUACCAUUCUGAGCCUAAUGAGUCGAUGGUCUACCAUUCUGAGCCUAAUGAGUCGAUGGUCUACCAUUCUGAGCCUAAUGAGUCGAUGGUCUACCAUUCUGAGCCUAAUGAGUCGAUGGUCUACCAUCCUGAGCCUAAUGAGUCGAUGGUCUACCAUCCUGAGCCUUAUGAAUCGAUGGUCUACCAUUCUGAGCCUUAUGAGUCGAUGGUCUUGUAUCGUGCGACUACGUUCCUUGAACAUUAA